GCUAGAAUAUUCCAAGAAAGGGGAGGGAGGAGGCUGGGCGGUUGGUUCUAGGGCGAGUAUACUGUACACCAGCCACGGCUCCGACAGUGAGGAUGCGGCAUGCAUUUACAUCCAUGCCACUACAUCCUGCAUGUCUCGGAAUUGACGUCUGUCUGUCUGAUGACAUGACAGACAGACAGUCGAGCAGGAUUCACAGCAUCAUUUGCACACACAACAAGACAGAGAGUGUAGAUCUUCCGUCUGGAGGUCAUGCGGGUGCUAAUCUUAUCUUAUCUCAGCUCAGCCCAUCUCAUCUCAUCUUGUCCUGUCCUGUCCUGUCCCUCAUUACAUACUACAUACAGUAGACGCAGGAGGGAAGUACCGAGAAGGCAAAGGCCAAGGUCAAGGUCAAGGUCAAUGUCAAGGUCAAGGAUAAGCUUCGAUCCCAGCCCCCCCUGGCUUCACGCUUUAGGAUAGAUG